UCCAGGAGCAGCUGCUGUCGGUGCGUAAUGACCUUUUGUCUCCCGGCGGUCAGGUGCGGAGCAGCGGGGGGCGGAGAUUCACAAGGAGCCGCUGUAAAAUCCGACUGGUCCCGCACAACAAAUGUGCGUUAGAGAGUGAUGUAGGUUUCCCUUUCUCUUCUCGGUGCACGGCCGCAGUCAGCAGCCGGCUCCAUGCUCUCAUAGCGGCUCUGAGAGGACAGAGAGACGCGCUCCUCUUGCCGGUUCGUUUUUCUGACAGAAGCAUGGGAGAGUCCUGCUGACACCACGGAGAGAUACACGCUGAGACCGAGUAUGGCCGUGGACGCGGCGUCCAGCUUCAGCUUUUGCCGUGCCUCCCUGGAGCACACGCUGUCUGCUGAGGAGCUGAGCUACCAGCUGCCGCGUCGCGCCGGAGGCAGCAACCUGACCUGGCACGACGGCCGCGGCCAGAAGACGGCACACACGCGCACCGUCAAGCUACUGCAACAGCCCGGCACAGAGGGCAUCCAGCUGCGUCCGGGUGAAGCCUUCACUGUGUAUCACACCAGUCCGACACUGUCCAGUCUGUCCAAACCUGUGGUGCUGUGGACUCAGCAGGACGUCUGCAAGUGGCUUAAGAAACACUGUCCUCACAACUACCUAACCUACGUAGAGGCCUUCUCUCAUCACGCCAUCACAGGACGGGCAUUGCUGCGUUUGAACGGGGAGAAGCUUGAGAGGAUGGGGAUCGUCCAAGAGACGCUAAGGCAGGAGGUCCUCCAACAAGUCCUCCAGCUGCAGGUCAGAGAAGAGGUCCGCAACCUGCAGCUCCUGAGCAGAACCUCCUUUGGAAACUUCUCUUAGCUCAUCCCUGGAUCCAUUUGGCAGCCCUCUCCCCCAUCCCAUGUCACAGUAGGAGCCAUGGAAGAGCUGCCAUCUUUAGAUAUGUGAGCGGAGAAUCAAUGAGUGAACAUGGGGGGGGGGGCCUCAUAGACGACAUGCCAGCCAGUCUGGAGGAUUCUCAUACAACACAGCCAAUCUGGUUUACAGACACUGACACAGAGACAAAGCCCCCCGCUCCAGGCCGAGGUACUCCACUGUAACAUAGUGAUAAUAUGUAAGAUUCACAACCCUAGUGAUGAUGUAAGCCUGUCACUGGUAUGUGCCUGAUCACGGCAAAUCUCCUUUUGGUUUCUUGCCUCAGUUGGACUGGACUGAUCGGGCAAUUUAAUCAGAAACCUGGUGAACAUGCGCAGGUUGAUUUUUGACACAAGCUUCACACGUGCACAAGCAGGAUUCACAAUUUUUUGUUCCCUUUCACUUCCAGUUAAGGUUAUUAUAUGAAUAAUUCUUUAGUAUGGGCUCAAGUCUGUGAACCCAGGGAAGCGGAAACUGUUCAGAAGAAAUUACAGCUGGUCUUAAAUGGAUCUGAGUGAUGCCGGUCUAAUCAAGUCCUCGGCCACCGCUCACGUUACAUUUGCUCCUCAGGAUUUUAGUUUUGGAACUUUGGGUUCAGAGGAUCAACAAUAACGCUUGAAGCUGAAUGUCAUUCCCACAAUCAAUCUUUUUGUAUUGUGACUAAUCUGCUGUAUUUCAGUGAGAAAUUUAGAAAUAUAUACUUAUAUAAAUAUAUACAGUAUGAGCGUUGUAGAAUAACAUAGAAUUCAAUCUGUGUAUGUAACAGUAAUCUUUUAUUAAUGACAUUGAUCCAGAGGGCACAGAGUUAAUGUGAUAAUCACUGACUAUCGAUGCUUGACAAAGCAAUAAUUUAAAUCCUUAAAGGAACAGCACUGUCUGGGAUAAACAUCAAGGAAACUUUUUUUACACUGUUGGGAUGAGAUCUGCUGAUGGAAACAUAUACUGUAGAUUUGCUCCUGUUACAGUGGUAGCAUUUGCCAACCUCAAAGCUUCUGUCUUUUCUGUGUGCUGUACUGUGUAUGUCAUCUGUCACACGCAGAUAUGUGGAGAGAAGCGACAAGCCUCUGUUGUAUUUUGCCUGGUUUCCGUCCCUGAUGUGACACUGUGAUUUUCAAAUGCUCAGAAAUCCAGACACUAUGACAGCAGAUGCAAGAUUCCCAGAGCGACGGAAUUGAGCACCUUAGCUGUCACUCUAGACAGCAGCAGACAGCUAUCAACGACGACAAAGUUAAAGUCACAUAAAUAAAUGAAUAAACGCGUACAUACGUAAAUAAACUCCCAACUCCCCUCCCCAACAUCCUCCUGUCUCUCCUUUGAAGAGGAAUCUUUGGCUAAAGUGAGUGUGAGAAGGA